UUUUCUUUUUGGGUCAUAUGCCAAAAGGCCGCUCUUCUUUUCUCUACUAGUCUGCUGGUAAAACAGCAUUUCACAUAACAAACACUAGCAUUUUCAGGAAGCGGUGUGUUUUCUAUCAAUGGCGGAUCCUCGAGAAGAAAAAGAGAAGCAAUUCUUAACGGAAGUCGCCGAGUUAGAUGAAGCAUUGAGAGUGUUGGAUUCUUCUCUGUCUCAAAUCAAAUGGCGACUCAAAUAUGCAAGACGUCGACUUGAGACAGAUAUUCUAGCUUUGUGUACAGGAAUGAGGCCAGUGAUAAUGAUUGACUAUGGUGGAAAGAUGCCUGAACUGCAAGAGAGAUUUUGCACUCUUUUAAAUUUUUGUCAAAAGGAUUUGCCCAUUUUUGAGCAUCUGAGAGUAAUGGUUAUAGAAGAAAUGAUAUAUUUAGUUCACACUAGAGCGCUUGCUGAUUAUGUUAGGUCAAGCUUGAACUCAGAACGGCAGCUGCUCUUUGUGGACCUUGAACAGGAUCCUCCGAAGAUGAUAACAGAAGCAGAAAAAAGCCCACUGGUGAUGCAGCUUAUAUCAAUUCAGAAGUUGUUCUCUUUGUCAUUUCCUCUUGGUGAAAGGAAAGAUGAUGAAUCAUCAUCUCACAGUAUAGAUAACAUGGUCGAUGCUAAACCGCCCAGAAAUGAACUUAUCCCCAGAAAUGAACUUAUCCCCAGAAAUGAACUUAUCCCUUCACAGUCAUCUAACUUUAUUGAUCUUAGUAGCUGCAUGCAAAACACUCAGGUCACUCUGCCAACAUUAAAUGGAUGGCUUCUUGGUUAUCCAGUUGUGUACAUGUUCAUCAAGGAGCACGGCGUUAAGGCUGUUCAUAAUAUUUCUAGCAAGUAUCUUCACAUCUAUAGAAUAUCAGUAUGCAGGAACGGAACCCCCAAUAAAGAAUCUGAACUAGAAGAACUCUUGAGUUUCUCGGUCCCCUACGAUCUAAGCAUGAGAGCGGGCAAGGAAAAAUGGGCAGAGGCAUUUUUGGCUCAUAUGCAGGGGAAGUGGGAAAUAUGCAAGCCUGCUUGGAGGUCUUUGCAGAUGGAGGUUAGUGAACUGAAACCACGGCCCAUUGCAUUGUAAACUGACCGCUUUCACUCCUUCACUCACCGUCCUCAAAAAUAGAGUUAAUAAAACGAAAAUGGACUGAAAUGGUAUUUAUGCAAUCAUGUAUCCUCCAUGAAAACGUCCUUGUUAGGUUCAAUCUGGGAAAUACUGGGUUAAGGAGUUUGAUGUUAUUUGUCACAAUGAAGUUCAUAUAUAUUGUAGAUCUAUGAAUUUGCAUAUUGCAAUCCUCUGGAGGUGAGUUUAAACUUCAGAAUGGAAAUUUUAGAUUUUUUCUUGCAUUUUACAAUUUAGUAUUCUUUUUAUAUGCAGACUUUUAUUUUUGGUUUCUCAUUCUAUUACGUGAUUGGACUAACAUGUGUACCAAAGGCUAUGAAUCCUUUUUGGAUUGUGCCUUGUAAUACUUGUAGGGAAACAUGGUAGGGAUUUUUUAUUUGUACGGAUUUUUUUUUUUCUCCAUCCACCUUUAGAUGCAAUUUCUUAUUAGUGUUUUCCCUUAACUCUUAAGAAGUAUUGAAGGACAAUACAAUGUGUAUGGUGGACACUUCUGAAAAAACAAAUGUCCAAAAUAAGUAAAAUUGUAAGUCCUACAACUUCUCCUUCUACUCCAGACUCAAUAAAUUUUAGGGAAGAUGAUGUUGCAAGUGAUAAUCUAUUAGCCUGUAGAGACCAAUAGGCAUAAUGACCACAGAGAAUACCAGCGAUGCAGACCCUAGCGAUACCUUUUCAACGCAUGGCUACAUGUCGGUUGAUAAAUCUUCCAAUGAAUCUCUUCUAUCAUCUCAAAAUCCUGCUCAAAUAGAAUCCAUCAAAAUGGAACAAAGAUCUCGUAACUUCUCAAUCAAUGAAGGCAAUCAGCUUGUGUCUGUUUGGCUCAAUGUUUGCUUAGAUGCAGAUAAUGGAGAUGAGCAAAAAAGUAGUGGGUAUUGGAAAAGAAUAUGGGAGUAUUUCAACAAGGGAAAGAAAUUUACCUUUGAGCGUUUUGCUGAUUCUCUAAUGGACUCUUGCUCAGCCAUGCAAUUUGCAGUGCAUUAUUUUUGUGGGUACUAUGCCCAGAUUAAAGCAAUGAAACAAAGUGGUGUCAACGACCAAAUAGGAUAAUACCGCCGAUGGAGAUGACCGCAUUUCAAUUUCUACACUGUUGGGCAAGUACUGAAACACAAUAAGAAAUGUAUGGUGAAUAGUUUGAAGAAAAAGCCAAAUAUAGAAAAAGUACGAGUCUGGGAAUGUCAUCUCCUUCUCCGGAUUCAAUGAGUUUUAAGGGAAGAUGAUGUUGCAAGUGAUACAUCUGUCAGCUUGGAAAGGCCAGUAGACAGAAUGGUCGCAAAGAAUUUUUUAAGGAAAAAGAUAGAUUACGUUCAAGACAAUUCGACUGUGCCUGCAAGGUUGUCUUCCAAGAUUUUAGAACAGAGAAAAAGAAGUGGAGCAUAAGUGAAACGAGAAGCAUCGUUGAAGGUAUUUUCAAGAUCAAGAGCUUAUUUCAAAUAAGUGGGAAAAACUUCAUAGGGAACAACUAAAAGAGGAAGAGAGGAUAAUGUUGAUUGAUACUAUUUGGCUUGCCCCAAAUGCAAGCAGAAAAUCCAUCGGAUGGAAAUCACGGGGAAAAAAGGAGGUUGGUAGUAGUUUAGAUUAGUAGUCAUUGUACAUAGUUCAAAUUAGUUGUAAGCAGUGUUCCACUUGGCCUUGCUUGUCUUUUUGCGUUACUAUGCAAAUCGUUACUAUGCAAAGCUGACAUAAAAUCCCUUAGUGUUUCUUGGCCCCAAAAAUGUGUUAAAUUUGCAUGAUUGCAAAGCGUGGUCGAGCACCUUGUUUGAAUGCUUGCUCCACAUAAUUUGUUUUUUUUAGUGGGGUCAUCUUCUCUUGUUGACUCUUGAGCUUCAAUAAAAUGUUUCUUGUUUCUUCACGGAGCUGAAA